CAAACACCCUAAUAAGUGUAUAAGCAGGCCGUUGGGUCAGUUUCCGCAUAACUCCACUACUUACAUGAAGCAAUAAGUAUGAGGUAAGCUAUCAACCAGGACUAAAAAUAGAUGAUGGUAAGAAAUCACUUUAGUAUAUCAAAGUUGUGGAUUUUGUUCAUUGAAUAGUAUCACGAACCCAUUAACAAAUUGGUCUUACUCUUACAGCAUAAAGAACUCCAUAUGUCAACAAAAAUUCAAAGAAGCCCUUCUAAUAUACACCCAUAAUCGUAUUAAUGGAAGUUCAGUAAUGGGUGUUGUCCCAUUAGUGCUAAAGGCAUGUGCUGCACUUUCACUCGUUAGCCUUGGCAAAGCCUUACAUGCUGAAUCAGUGAAAUCAAGAUUUGAUUAUAAUGUAAUGGUGGGGACUGCAUUAUUAGAUUUGUAUGGAAAAUGUGGCGAAAUUCGGAGUGCCCGUAAAGUGUUUGAUUAUAUGCCUGAAAGAAAUGUGAUUACUUGGAAUGCUAUGGUUGGGGGUUAUAUGAAAAGUGGUGAUGUAAAGACUGCAUUUUUAUUGUUUGAGAAUAUGUCUGAGAAGACGAUUGUGACAUGGAACGAAAUGAUUUAUGGGUACGCGAGACAUGGAGAUAUCGUGAUGGCAAGGAGUUUUUUUGAUCGGGUAAAAGAUGAGUUGAGGAUGAAUGUUGUGACAUGGAGUGUGAUGGUUGAUGCGUAUGCUAGUAAUGGGGAUAUGGAUGCUUCAAGGGAACUGUUUGAGAUGAUGCCAAGAAGGAAUUUUUAUGUAUGGUCAUCGAUGAUUUCUGGUUAUUUUAAGAAGGGUGAUGUUAAGAGUGCCAAGGGUAUAUUUGAUAGGAUGACUACGAAGAGCUUGGUGAAUUGGAAUUCAUUGAUAUGUGGUUAUACACAAAAUGGGUUGUGUGAAGAUGCCCUGGAAGCAUUUAUCAAAAUGCAAGAUGAGGGUCUUGAACCAGAUGAGGUUACUGUAGUUAGUGUUUUAUCGGCUUGUGCCCAGUUGGCGUUCUUGGAAGUUGGCAAGGAUAUACAUAAAAUGAUAAUUCGUAAAGGGAUUGAAUUGAAUCAAUAUGUUCUUAAUGGGUUGGUUGACAUGUACGCAAAAUGUGGGGAUUUAGGUAACGCCAAAUUGAUAUUUGAAGGAAUGAAAGUUAAAAAUGAUGCUCCUUGGAACUCACUAAUAUCUGGUUUUGCCAACCAUAGCCAUUGUGUGGAGGCAAUUAAUUUUUUUGAGAGAAUGGACAGUUCAGGGGUGAAACCUAAUGAUAUAACCUUUCUUUCAGUUCUAUCGGCUUGUGCCCAUGCUGGAUUUGUGGAGGAAGGUUUAGAGAUUUUCUCCAGGAUGGAGAAAUAUGCAUUGACACCGAGCAUCAAGCAUUAUGGUUGUCUUGUUGACCUUUUGGGAAGGGCAGGAAGAUUAAAAGAGGCUUGUGACUUGAUAAAAGGGAUGCCUGUCAGACCAAAUAAAACAGUUUUAGGGGCUCUGCUUGGAGCAUGCUGGGUUGAUUCGGACACAAAGGUCAUGGAAAAACUUCUGAAAGAUUUCGGAGAUGAUGCACAUUAUGUGAUUCUUUCUAAUAUUUAUGCUGCUGCUGAAAGAUGGGAGAAAGCUGAAAGGAUGAGGUUUGCCUCGUCAAAUAAAAGGUCUCAAAAGACACCAGGGUGUAUUUUGGUCAUGCUUGAUAGACAAGAGACUAGUAUGCAAGUAUUGCCAGAGAAAACUUCUAAAACAUGAUGCUAACUCUAGCCAAGUGGACAGUGAGAGGUGAUUGUCGUGGCAAUCAAACAGAGUUAUUACUGCUCACUCCAGAAGAGGUACCUUCUGAAGACUUAUAAUAUUGUUGAUUAAGGCCCAUGUUUGAUGAGUGGUAUCGCUAUGGCCACCUGCGACAAUGUUGGGGCUUUUCUUGAAGACGUAGCAAAGGAGAUCCUAUUGAAUUUCCCAGUUAAGUCGUUGUUGCGAUUCAAAUGCGUCUGCAAAAAAUGGUGCGCUCUUAUAGAGGACCCCAAGUUCACAAUAGAACACUUGAAUUGUAGCAAGAAGAAGCCUCAACAAUUCUUGAUUUAUGAUUGUGGUGCAGCUGAUGAUGCCCCAGCUGUCACUGUGACUUCCGAUUAUGGUAUACCUUCUCCUUCACAGGGAGAUAAUUCCCAAAGAUUUGGAGUUAUUCUGAAACUCUUAGGUUGUGUUGAUGGCUUGUUUUUCAUGGAAAGAGAGAUUGAUAAAGGUAUUUUGUGUUCGCUGUGGAAUCCUGCUACCGGAGAGAUGAGACACCUCCCUGCUGCCUCAAUGGAGUUUCAACCAUUUGACGUAUAUCCUCGUCAUUUUGGGUUCGGAUUAGAUCCCAUGACUAAGGAUUAUAAAGUGGUUUACCAUUAUCACAGGGAUGGUCUACUCAUGUUCAAGGGAUUCAUGGAAAAUCUUCAAACAUGACCUCAAUAUUUACGGGUAUUUUGAAAGAAACUUAUUAUACAACAAUACUUAUUUGAAUGGAUGGUACUACUGGUUGUUAAAGGAGUAUGCUACUUGGAAAA